AAACGCCCUCAUGAGAUCAGUCAGGAGCUGACGCUGUACUUCCGUGAACUCACAGAGGCCUGCGUGGGAGCCAACGAGAACCGUCGUCAUGAAGCGUUGGAUAACGCGGCCCAGGACACGGGCCUACAGCCGCUCCUGCCCUACUUAGUUACCUUCAUCGCUGAAGGCGUGAGUUGUUUUGCUCCUUUGAGUUAUCACUACUCCUACCACUACCGACGAAGUCCAGGUUGGUGA